AUGCAGUUGCUAUUGCACCUGUGCCUCCUCCUGCUCAUCUGCCAGUCUAGUCCCAGCCAAGCCAAUAUUCUGAACACCCUGCUGGGGGUGCCCGCGGAAUGCGUCCACCAGAGCGGCGUGUGGCCCUGCAAGCUGAGCUUCUCCUGCUGGAUCCAAGGCGGCAAGCACGCGAAGGGAUGUGGCAGCAACAAGUGGCUCUUCAGCUGCUGCGUCGCCGAGACACAGCAUCCGCACCAGCACCAGCACCACUCCCCCUCCUCGCCGCUGACCAGCCUGGUGGACUAUGGGAAGCUGAAGCUGAACCUCAACAGCCUGCCCAAGCGGAUCAUGCUGCGCAGACGUGACGACAACGAGCUGCUCAAUCCCAAGCCCGAGUGCGGACUGCCACGGACGGCGCAGAACACGCUUCAGAAGCGCAUCAUUGGCGGACGCCCGGCGCAGUUUGCGGAGUAUCCGUGGCAGGCGCACAUCCGCAUCGCGGAGUAUCAAUGCGGUGGGGUGCUCAUCUCGGCCAACAUGGUGGCCACGGCCGCCCACUGCAUCCAGCAGGCGCACCUAGCUGACAUCACUGUGUACCUGGGGGAGCUGGACACGCAGGAUCUGGGUCACAUCCACGAGCCGCUGCCCGUGGAGAAGCACGGGGUGCUGCAGAAGAUCAUCCAUCCGCGCUUCAACUUCCGCAUGACCCAGCCGGACAGGUAUGACCUAGCUCUGCUGAAGCUGGCCCAGCCGACGUCCUUCACGGAGCACAUCCUGCCCAUCUGCCUGCCGCAGUAUCCGAUCCGGCUAAUUGGGCGCAAGGGUCUGAUUGCCGGGUGGGGCAAGACGGAGGCGCACAUGGGCCACGCGGGCACCAAUAUGCUGCAAGUCGCCAGUGUUCCCAUCAUAACCACCCUAGACUGCAUUCGCUGGCACGAGAGCAAACAGAUCAAUGUCGAGAUCAAGGCCGAGAUGUUCUGCGCCGGACAUUCCGAUGGCCACAUGGAUGCCUGCUUGGGUGACUCCGGAGGCCCGCUGGUGAUCAAGGAGCGCGGUCGCUUUGUGCUUGUGGGCAUAACCAGUGCUGGCUUUGGUUGCGGAGUAGAUCAUCAGCCAGGCAUUUAUCACAACGUUCAGAAGACUGUGAGGUGGAUACAGGAAGUGGUGGCUCGCAACGAGUUAUAG